CACAAAAGCUGCCAUCGCUAGAGCUGACAGAAAGCGAAAUAUUUGUGUUAAUAAAUUUUCACCCAAAAUUAACCGUAAUAAUUCCGCUUAAUAACAACAUUCCAGGCAGCUACAAAACAUGAAUUGGCACGCAGGCAACAUAGCAGAAGCCGUAGCCGAAUCGAAAGCCAAAGAUGCAAUCUUCGUGGUCUACAUCGAAGGUCAGGACGAGAUGUCGACCAAGCUAAGUAGAUUUCUGGGCGAUGAACGUGUGCACAGUAAAUUAUCCACUACGGACUUUGUGGCCGUCAAAAUACAGGGUGACAGUCCCACAUACUCGCAGUUCAUAGCACUCUACAAGGUAGUGCCAGUGCCAUCAAUAUUCUUCAUAGGCAAAUCAGGCACUCCGCUGGAAAUAGCAACGGGUAUAGUAGCCUGCGUGGAUGAGCUGGUAGCAAAAAUUGACAAGGUGCUGCUGCUGGCCGGCAAGCGAAGCGAAGAUUCAGAGGCUAGCACUAGCGUGGAGCAUCGAGAGGAGUUGGCGACUACGACACGCAGCAUUGGAGGCGCCGGUGCGGAGGAUAGUGACCAGGAGCAAGAGCAGCAGAUACCAAAACCUGAGAAAAAGCAAGAGGAGCAACAGCAACCAGCAGCUGAAACAGCGCCAGAGCAAGAGUUAGGCCCAAUUGAGAUAGAGCCUGAGCAUGUGGAGCCUAUCAGCCCAGCUGUCUCGGGUGCUGCUGCUGAGCGACGUUCCGCAACAUCAACCAUACUACAGAAUGCCACAGCCACGCUGUUGCCCGCAGCUGUAAACUUGGUGCAGAAUCCUACGCCUGUAAGCUUGACGCAAGAGCCACAAAGUGAAGUCCAGCAAAUGCAGGAGGUACAACGGCUUAUUGAACAGCGAAAGAAGGAGCGCGAAGAAGAGGAGCAGCGACGUGAACAGGAGAAUGAGUUGCGCCGCCGACGCGAGGCACGUGAGGCCCAAACCCAGCAAGCGCUGGCUAGAGAGCAGGAGCUUAAAAAUCUGCAGGACCGCAUAAAACGCGAGCGUCAGCAGGAGCAGGAGGAACGUGAACGCAUACGAGCACAAAUCGCUGCAGAUCGCGCUGAGCAUGCAAACCGCAUUUCGCUGAGCUCAGAGAUACAGAGCAUUAAUACCCUGGGCAGCACAAGCACAGCCGGCGGCGCCGCGGCUUUAGCAGAUACAGAUUCGACAUCCAGCUCGGCGGAUGAGACACGCUUGCAGAUACGUUUACCUGGUGGACUUAAUCGCACUAAGGCUUUUGCUGCUAGCGCUGCCUUGUCCAGCGUGCGCGUUUAUGUGCGUCAGGAGCUAUUGGCGGGCAGCAACAUUCGAGAGUUUACGCUGGCUACAAGUUAUCCACGUCGUGAGUUUAGCACCGAAGAUGAGGAAAAGUCUCUUAAUGAACUGCAAUUGGUGCCAAAUGCUGUUAUAUUGGUAUUGAAGCGUGAGCAAAUCAAUCGUGUGGUGCGCACCGGAGGCAAUUUGAUGACCAUGUUGACCAGCAUGUUCUGGGCCCUGCUCACACCGGUUGCUGUGGCCUUUGACUAUCUGAACAAGAUGGGAUUGCAGCGCCUGCGGGAGCGCUUCACGCAAAUGGUCAACAACGUUAGCUGGAAUAGAAACGGAGGACGCGCUAACGGCGGUGGCGACACGGUUCUAGUGCAAACGGAUGCUUCGGCUCGUCGCAAUAUGGACAUGUUCGUUCUGCGACCAGCUCCUGCUCCGGGUUUACCCCAGCAACAGCAAGCACCAGAUGCUUCGCCCACUGCAGAGAGCAGUACACCUGUGGAUCAGUCUGCGCAGGGACAAAAUGAGACAAGCUCUCAGUCACAACGGGGCACUUCACGUUCGGCCCGCUUUCGCUUCGGUGAGUCAAACAUACGCCGCCUGGCAGACACUCAGCCGGAUAAAAAGGACGACAAAGCCACUUACAAUGGCAACUCUACGCAGCAGCAAUAAUCAUAUUUUAGUUAAAAUUCCUUUUGCUUAAACCUUAAACAGGCACAGACACAUAAAAAUAAUCGUUAUGAAUUAUGGGACAGCCUUAAAUUAUUAACUAUAUAUAUAGAAGAAAAAAA